GCGGAUAGUUCCGGUUAGAUAAAAGUAAUCUUUGAACUGUCUAUCAGUUAGUUGUCUGUCGUACACCCCUGGACGUGGACUGCGUUUACAUUGUGCUUGUGAUUCUGUGUCAGACGUGGACUCUGGCUGGUAAACACCAGACUUGACACUAGCAGACGACACAGUGAGCAGACGACACUUUCAAAAUGAGCUCUCAAUCUCGAUCGGAAGACUCGCCAUCGCCUUCCCCAACCACUGAGGUAUCAAACAUGCCGAGCCUGUCGCUUUCUCCCGGCCCUAAAAACAAUGACCACGUGAAACGGCCCAUGAAUGCCUUCAUGGUGUGGUCAAGGGGACAGAGGAGGAAGAUGGCCCAGGAAAACCCGAAAAUGCAUAACUCGGAAAUCAGCAAGCGUCUUGGAGCCGAGUGGAAGUUACUUAAUGAAGAGGAAAAGAGGCCUUUCAUUGAUGAAGCCAAGAGACUCCGAGCUCUCCACAUGAAGGAGCAUCCGGAUUACAAGUACAGGCCAAGACGGAAGCCUAAAUCUCUGUUGAAGAAGGACAAAUACGCCUUCCCCAUCCCGAUGAUACCGGGUAUGAACACGAGUGCUCUCAGCAGCAUGGCUCACAACUUCGCAACUCUAUCAAGUCACCAUGAAUCUCUAUCAAGUGCUGCUCUCCUCAGUGAAAAAGCACGAGCUUUUCUACCCCCUACCUCCACCCAUGGACUAUACUCCCAUCUCGACCCCACGGGCAAGAUGGACAGCGGGAACCCUCUAGGACUACGGCACCCGGAGCUCCUGGGGAACCCGCUAUACAGCCCCUACCUCCAUACCCACAAUUCGGCCAUGGGAUUACCCCCGGCCGCCCAUGGGGGCUCCCACUCCGGGUUGCCAGGACAAUACCUCGUGCCAUGUUGCCCCCCUUCCUAUAUGCCGUCCCAAGACGUACACAGACCCGUAGCGUACCUUUUAGUCAAACCGGAGGACCAUUUCCGACACCCAGCUGUCAUAUAAGUGACGAUUACUAGCAGCUCAUGUGAAUGAUCUCAAUCGGCCCGAGGUGAUAACUAGGGCAUGUAUACCCGUGUGUCAAGUAACCACAGAACUCGCUCGGGUGUCUGUACCCUUAACACAGCCAUAACAUUCGUUACUCCAGUGCGGUGCAUGUGGAUAGUGUCAUUACUCAGAGAAAUCUAAUUGCUGAAUUUUCCACUUGGACGGCGAAGAGAGGGGAGUAUUUAAUGAACCAGAACAAAAACAUUUUUUCUAGAAAGUGUUGGAUGAGACUUUGUGAUUUUGAACUUGUAUACACUUCAUUAGAUCGGCUGGCUAGCGGUGGACACUGUUGAUUUUGGACUGAUGUGAUAAAUGUGCUGUCUAAUGUGCAAUCUGGAUGAUCCAUUCGCCACUUCGUCACCAUGCAUAAUGUAACAUUUCAUCGCAGCAGAUAUGAGGGAUUUCAAUGACUAUAGUAGCGGUUUCGUCGCCUCAGUCAUGAGGUUCGUAAACCAUGUGCAAUGCCUAGCCUCGUGCGACUAACAACGUCCUAGCAUCAUUUUCAUGUCACCGAAAUUACCCCAUGUACCAUAUUAUUCAUUUAGAAUCACCAAUGAUAAUUAUUUGUUUAAAAUGGAAAAAUUCUUGAUGAAAUUCAGAGUGUAAACGUUGACAAAAUCAAUAUUAUCAUUGUACUUUUUGAAUAUUUUUAUUUUAAAAAAAACAGCUAAACAAAACGGACGUGUGUUAACUGUCGCACUGGGUUUGGAAAACGACAUUGGCUUUAGUCGUGGUGGGGUCUCAGUUUUGUGCAAUAUAUUUAGAGUAACACACAAUAUAUCGAGAAGGACAAAUAUAGUGCUAGGCUUUAAAGUCAACAGGCUCUCGAAAUAAAACCAGACGGUCCUAUAUUGUUGUGUUUGUCACCUGAGUCCCCGUUCAGCUUGAGAUGGGCUUACUGUAGAUUUAAACAUCUCAGUUAAAGUAAAAGUGGCCUACGGGGCGUAUUAGCUUGAGCAAUCACCAUAUUACCUGUAAAUCACUCCUAAGUGGCGUAAUCUUUGAGGUUUAUCGAUUUAUGAUGUAAAUUAUGAUAUUUAAUCACCCUUUCCUUUGACAGUUUAAGUAUCAAAUACACGGUUCGAAAGCGAGAACAGUGAAUAAGAUGCAGGGUAUUGUGUCUAUUGCCUAACAUUCUUCCACACCUAUAAACGGAGAAACCUUUUGGGGAUAAAAAUCAGUAGUGACAAUAUCGCAUAUAUCUAAAUGGGUCAAUUUGAAUUUGUUUAUCGACACGAGGAAAUUACGGGGACUUUUACCUUAAAGACAGUUACAUAUUAUGUUGAAAUUCGCCAGUCAAUAUGUCUGUAUAACAAACGUUGUUAAAUUCAGCAUAAUAAUUUUGUUGUCUUUUAUAUGUUUAGUGCUAGCUAGCUCAAUUGUUAAAGUUUGAUUUUAGAAAUCUAUGAUGAAGAGCAGCGUCUUGUAUGUACUGUUAUCUGUGUUGCAUAUAGUAAGUACUGCCGACUAGGGUGCCGAGCACUCUGUCUGAAGACGUUAGCUUCACGGGAAAUAUGAAUGAAUAUUGUUGAAAAAUUAUAUUGACACAUUUGUUUCAUUCUUUUUGAGUAUUCAUAAUUUUAUUCUUUUUAUUGUGUACAAAAUGCUCAUGAAUUAAAUGAUGUAUAAAUCCA